AGCUUACCAAGCUAACCGUUAAAACGCAUAUUAACGCCUAAUAGACCAAUUCAGAAUAUUAGGUGUAAAUAAAAGUGAUGUGUUGACUUCAAAGGCGUUAAAAGAAACAAUGAAGUUGUUUAUAUGUCAUGUUUUCUUACCCCGGAGAAAAGCAGCUCGUGGACACAAAUACAAAUUUGGCGUCACCAGCUGUUGGUGAAACGCAAUUGGUGGAAGCCACGAAUCACCCUGCAGUGUCGGACAAUUUUAUUGGCUGCUUGUCUGUGGACCAAUCACAGAAGAGGUAACUUAACCCGUUGUAUUCGACUUUGUGGACUUCACUGACUCCCAACACUGCAGAGAUCAAGGGUUUAUUUACAGUUUGAGUCCGAUUUUUUAAUACUUUUGACAAAAUGAUGAUUUAUUCACAACUGCUAUAAGCCAUACGGGUAUAACCAGAAGAGUCAAUGCAAACAGGCAAAAAAAAAAGCUUUGCAUCGACUCACUCGUCAAGGCCAAUGUCUUUGCUGCAGGAUGUACUGGAUGUACUGCGCGUAGUGCUGGAGUAUUUUGGAGUCCCUCCGGAAAUGUUGCUACCAGUGUGGGCCAGUCCUCUGUGUGGACAGUAUCGCAGCAUUGUGCGAAGGAUUGGUUCCAAUCUGCCUCUCAAGCCUACGCCACGUGUUUACAUUCAGAUCCCACACCUCAACUCCAGGCCCCAUGGAUCCCUGGACGUCACCGUGGAAGCACCUGCCCUUCCAUCAUUUGCUGAUGCUCUGAACCCCCUGCCACUGAAGAAGCAAAAAGCAGCGGUGGGUCGAGACGUGAGAAAACACCCAAAAGGACCAUCAAGGGGAAGCGGGCGUUUUGGAAUGAAAACAGAACAGGAAGCGUUACAGAAGAUUACGACACUGGAGGGCGAGUUGUUAAAGCUGCGAGCUCAGAUAGACAUGAUGAUAGCCGAAAGGGUGCCGGAAUCUCGCAGUACAAACAUCACACCGCCAGUUUUGCCUGUUUCAGCUCUCACAUCCACGCCUCGCUGUGCCCCCCCUCCGCCUCCGCCAUGUCCCAGCUCCUACGCCACCAAAUCGUCCGUAGUGGAGCUGAUCCGUCAGCGCAAAUGUGAGGGAAAAAAACAGGACAAACCCACUGGCUUGAGUAACAGCAACCUCCCUUCCAUGUUGGACAUUCUGAAGGACUUGAAUCAAGUGAAAUUACGCUCAGUGGCGAGAUCACCAGGGGGCACGCCACUCAGGCCAAGGCAGAGCAAAAGGCGCGCGGCCACAAUAAACGACCCAGCAGGUCUGAUCGCGGAGGCCCUGAAGAGAAAGUUUGCCCAUCAUCGUCACAACAACUCCUCUGACAAAGAGAAUUCCCUGGAAUUCUCGCCGUGUAACAGUCCGGAAAUGUGGGCUCUGCAUGGCUGAAUGUGUUGCGGUCACUCCCUCUCAGUUGCAUUCGUAAUAACAGAAAGCAAUGACUCUACAACAGUGGUUCUCAAAUGGGGGUACGUGUACCCCUGGGGGUGCUUGAAGGUAUGCCAAGGGGUACGUGAGAUUUUUUUUGAAUAUUCUAAAAAUAGCAAUAAUUAAAAAAUCCUUUAUAAAUAUAUUUAUUGAAUAAUACUUCAACAAAAAAAGAAUGUAAGUUCAUAAACUGUGAAAAGAAAUGCAACAAUGCAAUAUUAUUUUUGUGGACAUGUUCCAUAAAAAUUUAUGUUAAAGAUUUCUUUUUUUGUGAAUACAUUUUUUAGAAUUAAGUUCUUGAAUCCAGAUGGAUCUCUAUUACAAUCCCCAAAGAGGGCACUUUUAAGUUGAUGAUUGCUUCUAUGUGUACAAAUCUUUAUUUAUAAUUGAAUCACUUGUUUAUUUUUCAACAAGUUUUUAGUUAUUUGUAUAUCUAUUUUUCCAUAUAGCUCAAGAAAGACCACUACAAAUGAGCAAUAUUUUGCACUGUUAUACAAUUUAAUAAAUCAGAAACUGAUGACAUAGUGCUGUAUUUUACUUCUUUAUCUCUUUUUUUCAACCAAAAAUGCUUUGCUCUGACUAGGGGGUACUUGAAUUAAAAAAACGUUCACAGGGGGUACAUCACUGAAAAAAGGUUGAGAACCACUGCUACAACAUUCUACACAAAACUUUAAUUGAAAUAUUCAGUCAUUUUGAAGUCUUUGUGCAGGUUUUACAACAUUCAUCUAUCCAUUUCUUGUUUUUCAAGGAGUCGCGGGGCGCUGUAGCCUAUCCUAGCUGCACUCGGACGGAAGGUAGGGUACGCCCUACAAUAAAAUAAUAUAAAUUAUGUUUGAUCCUCGCUGGACAAAGUUCAUCAAAAAGAGUGUCCUUAAUUUUCCAUGGAAUGGCGUUCAUUCCAAUUCUUAGCGCUUUGUUGGCAAAAGCCCUCUAUUGGGAAUGUUUUAUCUCCAAUUGCGAUGACUGCAACUUGUCCCAACGGGUCGUCCACACACUCAGUGGAAAGCUGCAGCGGCUUGUGUGGUUCUGCAACCUGCUGGCACAAGGAAAGAAAGAGAAAGUCCAUCAAAUUCCCCAACGCCAUUGCGUCGAUUCCGAGCGCUUUGUCGGCAAAAAAAAACAAACCUUACCAAUGGGAAUGUUUUAUCGUCAAAAAUAACAACUGCAGGUUUUCCCUUUGGUUCAUCCACGCAAUCGAUAGAGAGCUGCGAACGACAAAACCCCAAAAUGCAGAACACUUAAGGAAUGUGACUAACAAGGCUCGACGACGGCAGUGGUGGUUUACUCAAGAAAUAUUUGA